CUUCCCCCGCGGCGCGGCUCGGCGCCGUUACUUGGGGGCGGGAAGGGCGAAGACGGAGAGCGGGGCCCGCUGAGCCGCUGGGGGAAAUACUGUAUUUGCUGGCUCUUACUGUUAUUGGAACAGAAGCUGAGAAGCAGAAAACAUGUUGGAAACGAUUGACACACAUCGGGCCCUCCAGGCCAUGGAGCGCUUACAGGCAAAACUUCGGGAUCGAGGUGACGUUGCAAAUGAGGAGAAACUGAGCUUAUUAAAAUCAGUGCUGCAGAGUCCUCUCUUCAACCAAAUUCUCAACCUUCAGACUUCCGUUCAACAGCUAAGAGAUCAGGUAAAUAUUACACCCUCCAUACAUUCCACUGGUGAAUUCCCCCAGCUUCUCCGUCAUGGUCUGAACAUGGGGUCCUUGCCACAUAAUGAGUCAUAUUUGUUGGCUCAGCAGAAUGGCAGCCCAGCUAAUGUGCUGGAAGCAUCAAUGAGAUCCAUUACUCAAAUUAAUGGGAAAUCCCCUAAUGAUGACUUCGAGCAGCUGAUCAGAAAUAUGUCCCAGGGUCGUCUUGUUGAGACCAUUGAGCUUGUUAAACCUUCAAGUGGUGGAUUGGGUUUCAGUGUCGUGGGACUCAAGAGUGAAAACAGGGGAGAACUAGGAAUAUUUGUGCAAGAAAUCCAGGAGGGAAGUGUAGCUCAUAGAGAUGGAAAGCUGAAGGAAGCAGAUCAAAUCCUUGCUAUUAAUGGACAAGCCCUUGAUCAGACAAUUACACAUCAACAGGCUAUCAGCAUCCUGCAGAAAGCAAAAGAUAAUGUCCAGCUAGUUGUGGCUAGAGGCACUUUCCCUCAGCUCAUCAGUCCUGUAGUUUCCCGGUCUCCAUCUGCUGCUAGCACAAUUUCAGCCCAUUCUAACCCGGUUCACUGGCAGCAUGUGGAAACCAUUGAGUUGGUGAAUGACGGCUCAGGUUUGGGAUUUGGGAUAGUGGGAGGGAAGUCAACCGGAGUCAUUGUCAAAACCAUCCUCCCAGGAGGUGUGGCUGAUCAGCAUGGUAGAUUAUGCAGUGGAGACCACAUCUUGAAAAUCGGUGAUACGGACCUAGCUGGAAUGAGCAGUGAGCAGGUGGCACAAGUUCUGAGGCAGUGUGGAAAUCGAGUGAAGCUGGUAAUUGCCAGAGGUCCUAUUGAGGAGCCACCUCCACCAGCAGUCCCUCCUGGUACACCAGUACCCAUCACCACACCAGAGAAACAGGCAGAUGCUUCUGUUGAUAGCUGUGAAGAUGGUGAGAAAUACAGCGUUGAACUCACUAAAAAUACGCAGGGAUUGGGAAUAACCAUUGCUGGUUACAUUGGAGACAAAACAUCAGAACCUUCUGGUAUCUUUGUGAAAAGCAUUACAAAAGGCAGUGCUGUUGAACAUGAUGGCAGAAUCCAUGUGGGAGAUCAAAUUAUAGUUGUAGAUGGAACAAAUCUUCAGGGUUUUACUAACCAGCAAGCAGUUGAUGUUUUGCGGCACACGGGACAAACAGUUCGUCUCACUUUGAUCAGAAGAGGGCUUAAGCAGGAAAAUCAUAUUCAGCCUCAGGAGGACUUCAGUGCUGCUGUUGAAAAGGACUUACUGUUCCAAACAAUGGAUAGUAGCACAGCAAAAGAUAACAGUGAAACAGAACAGGGAUCUCCGUCACUGCCCUCCAGUAUCAGUGUGGUAAAUGCUGGAGAGGACACGAAACAACAGGAAACAGAUUUCCAGCUAAAUGCUACAGAAGAAGCAGCUAUGAAGGCGAAGUGGCAGAGGAUUAUGGGUUCGAAUUAUGAAAUAGUGGUGGCUGUAGUUAACAAAUAUAGUGAAAGCAGUGGGUUAGGGAUAAGCCUUGAAGCCACGGUGGGACAUCACUUCAUCAGAUCUAUCUUACCAGAGGGGCCAGUUGGACGAAGUGGCAAGCUUUUCAGUGGAGAUGAACUGCUGGAAGUGAAUGAGAUCUCUUUGCUUGGAGAAAACCACAAGGAUGUAGUCAAUAUCUUGAAAGAACUGCCUAUUAAAGUUACAAUGGUGUGUUGUCGUCCAGUAGCUCCUCUGGUUACUCACCCAGAAGUACUGGAGAGUCUAAGUCUUUCUGAGGUUCAGCUCACAGAAAAGUCUCAUAUAGAACUUGGAUUCAUUGGAUCCUCAGACACAGAGGGAACAGCUUUGAAAAUUGUUGAUGAAGGUCAGAGUAUGGAAGAGGUGCAGAGCUCAUCUUUGGCGAUGUGGGAAACAGAAGUACAGCACAUUGAGCUGGAGAAAGGCAGUAUGGGACUUGGAUUUAGCAUAUUGGACUACCAGGAUCCUGUUGAUCCAGCAAACACCGUAAUUGUGAUUCGCUCAUUGGUUCCUGGGGGUGUGGCAGAGCAAGAUGGCAGACUUCUUCCUGGGGAUCGGCUUAUGUUUGUCAAUGAUAUCAACUUGGAAAAUGGCAGCCUGGAGGAAGCAGUGCAAGCACUGAAAGGAGCCCCAGCAGGAACAGUUAAAAUAGGAGUCGCCAAGCCACUUCCUCUUUCACCAGAGGAGGGCUAUGUCUCUGCUAAGGAAGAUUGCUUUUUCUACACUGCCCAGUCACUUGAGGAGGAAGGGCCAGCUGAUUCAGCCCUCUUCCAUGCUGAGCUGGCUCUGGUGGACUCCGGCGAGGCAGAUCUGGUGGAUGAGUCCACAUUUGAAUCUCAGUACUCUCUAGAGAGUGACAUCUUCCAGGCUUCAAUGAUAGCUAUGCAUGGCAGUGCCUGCAGCGGUGAGCUGAACUGCAGCUUCUCUCUUCCAUUGUCAACUCCCAAGUCUGUUGAAGUGGAAUAUUCAAAUGCUACAGCUGAUCUCCCAGUAUCUGACAAGAAUCUGUUCAACAUGGAUCCAAGUCAGAGAGUGACAGAGCAGAAGUCCGUGGUGGGCAAUAAUUUGGAAACUGCAGCUGAAAAGGAUAAUCUGCCUCUGGAUGUUUCAGAUUUCAACCAAAAUGAAAGUGAAAAUGUAGCAACAUGGACUGGAUCUGAGACAACAGCAGAAAUUGCACUAAAUGAAACCACCAUGCAGCUUGAUCCCAAUGGAAAAGAUCAAGUGCUUUUAAUGGAAAAGAGAUGCCCGUUAUCUUUGCAAGGAAAUUCCACAACUCCAAAUUCAGUCAAAAAUAUGUACGAGAAGACCAUAACUAUUGCAAAAGGAAACUCAAGUCUAGGGAUGACAGUAAGUUCCAAUAAAGAUGGCUCAGGAAUGAUAGUCCGCAGUGUCAUCCACGGAGGCUCAAUAAGUCGUGAUGGACGAAUCGGUGUGGGGGACUGCAUCCUGUCCAUUAAUGAAGAGUCAACCACUAAUUUAACCAAUGCACAAGCCCGGGCUAUGCUAAGAAGGCAUUCACUCAUAGGACCAGAGAUAAAUAUUACCUAUGUGCCAGCAGAAAAUUUAGACGAAUACAGGGCCUGUUUGGGACAACAGAUGGAGGGAUCUGUGCCACUUGAACUUUUUCCUUCACACACUGUCAGGGAGCUUCCAGAGCUUCCAGAACGUGAAGAGGGUGAGGGAGAAGAAAGUGAACUUCAAAAUGCAGCUUUCAGUAACUGGAACCAGCCAAGAAAGGUUGAACUCUGGAGAGAGCCUAGCAAGUCACUGGGGAUCAGCAUUGUUGGAGGACGAGGGAUGGGGAGCCGCCUGAGUAACGGAGAAGUGAUGAGAGGUAUCUUUAUCAAGCACAUCCUGGAAGAUAGCCCAGCUGGAAAAAAUGGAACAUUGAAAACUGGAGAUCGGAUUGUAGAGGUGGAUGGAAUUGACCUCAGAGAUGCCAGCCACGAACAAGCUGUGGAAGCCAUACGGAAGGCAGGCAAUCCUGUAGUCUUUAUGGUACAGAGCAUUAUAAACAAACCAAGGGCAUUUGGACAGUCUGAUUUAGAACCAGAAAAGACUUCAUUGCCCCGUCCUUCAGCAUUUUCAGGAAUGAGCUGUGACAUUGCACGGGCAUCAUGUAGCAGAGUUGCAGGGGAUGUGGAAAAGGAGGAUGAGUUCCGCUACAGCUGGAAAAAGAUCGUGCAGCGCUAUGGAAAUCUACCAGGGGAGCUCCACAUGAUUGAGUUGGAAAAAGGAAGGACAGGUCUGGGACUUAGUCUUGCUGGUAACAAAGACCGAUCCAGGAUGAGUGUCUUUAUAGUGGGAAUUGAUCCAAAUGGAGCAGCUGGCAAAGAUGGCAGGUUACAGAUUGCAGAUGAGUUACUAGAGAUAAAUGGGCAAGUACUCUAUGGAAGGACUCAUCAGAAUGCUUCCUCAAUAAUCAAAUGUGCACCAUCUAAAGUAAAAAUAAUUUUUAUCAGAAAUAAAGAUGCAGUAAAUCAGAUGGCUGUUUGCCCUACAAAGACAGCAGAGGCUUCACAGUGUACUUCAGGGACACUUCAUCAUCAAGAGGCUGAUACUAAUGCUGCAAACUCCAGUGCUUGUUCUGACUUCAGCUCUUGCAAAAACAUUCAGUACGUGGAACUCCCUAAGGAUCAAGGUGGCUUUGGAAUUGCCAUUAGUGAAGAAGACACAGUUAAUGGAGUAGUUAUUAAGAGCUUAACAGAUCAUGGUGCAGCAGCAAAGGAUGGACGAAUCAAAGUUGGAGAUCAGAUCCUGGCAGUGGAUGAUGAAAUUGUUGUGGGAUAUCCAGUAGAAAAGUUUAUUAGUCUGCUGAAAACAUCCAAAUCUAUGGUGAGGCUUACAAUCAACUCAGCAGAGACGGAUAGCCCACCUGGAGCACCAGUCCUUUCCAACACUGCCCCAGUGGACAGGAGGAAUAUACAGCCACCAGCAACUGCCCCCUCUUCCAGCUCACCAGAACCAGAAGCAGUUAAAAGAUGUUCAGUUGUUUCAGACACAAGCAGAUCUUCCACUCCAGCCACAUUAGCCUCUGACCCAGCUACUUGUCCCAUCAUUCCUGGAUGUGAAACAACGAUCGAUAUCUCCAAAGGGAGGACUGGGCUUGGUCUGAGCAUUGUUGGAGGAGCAGACACUUUACUGGGAGCAAUCAUUAUCCAUGAAGUGUAUGAAGAAGGAGCAGCAUCUAAGGAUGGGAGACUUUGGGCUGGUGAUCAAAUAUUAGAGGUGAACGGAAUCGACCUCAGGAAUGCCACACAUGAUGAAGCAAUACAUGUCCUUCGGCAGACUCCUCAAAAAGUCCGUCUGACUGUGUACAGAGAUGAGGCCCAGUACAAGGAGGAAGACAUGUAUGAUGUACUCAAUAUAGAGCUCCAAAAGAAGCCUGGCAAAGGUCUGGGACUGAGUAUUGUUGGGAAAAGAAAUGAUACAGGGGUGUUCGUGUCAGACAUUGUCAAAGGAGGAAUUGCUGAUACUGAUGGGAGAUUGAUGCAAGGAGACCAGAUAUUGACAGUGAAUGGAGAAGAUGUUCGAAAUGCUAACCAGGAGGCUGUUGCAGCUUUGCUGAAGUGUUCACUAGGUACAGUAAGAUUAGAGGUGGGAAGAAUAAAAGCUGGUCCCUUCCACUCUGAGAGAAGAACAUCCCAGAGCAGUCAGGUCAGUGAAGGAAGCAGCAGUCUGUCAUCGUUCAGCUUCCCAGUUUCUGGGGCCAGUGCACCAGACAUCUUUGAAAGUGGUCUGAAGAAGAAUACCACUUCUGAAAUACAGGGGCUAAGAACAGUUGAAAUAAAAAAGGGUCCUGCAGAUUCACUAGGAGUGAGCAUUGCUGGUGGUGUAGGAAGUCCUCUUGGAGAUGUUCCUAUAUUUAUUGCCAUGAUGAACCCAAAUGGAGUUGCUGCACAGACUCAGAAACUCAGAGUUGGGGACAGGAUUGUUAGCAUCUGUGGAACACCUACUGAGGGCAUGACUCACUCUCAAGCUGUUAGUCUCUUAAAAAAUGCUUCAGGCACAAUUGAGUUGCAGGUUGUCGCUGGAGGAGAAGUGAGUGUCAUAACUGGUCAGCAGCAGGAUACAGCUACAUCCAGUCUUUCAUUUGCGGGACUAACUUCAACCAGCAUUUUUCAGGAUGACUUAGGACCUCCACAGUACAAGACCAUUAUGCUGGACAGAGGACCAGAUGGCUUAGGCUUCAGCAUUGUGGGUGGUUAUGGCAGUCCUCAUGGAGACUUACCCAUCUAUGUGAAGACAGUGUUUGCAAAGGGUGCAGCAGCAGAAGAUGGACGCCUGAAGAGGGGGGAUCAAAUAAUUGCUGUCAAUGGGCAGAGUUUAGAAGGAGUGACCCAUGAGGAAGCAGUUGCCAUUCUGAAACGGACAAAAGGAACAGUGACUCUGACUGUUUUGUCGUGAACUGCCCAAAGGGGUAGGGUCAGUAAGACUAUAUUAUUUACAUUCCACAUAGCAAAGAGAGUGGAAAUGUUUAUAUAGCCUUCCUGCUCUUCCAUAUUCACAGGACUCUGUUACAACACCGAAGAAAAGCAACUUUUAACCAUGUAUUUGUAUACAGUAAGAGUAUCAUGAAGUCCAACCAUCAAUCUAACACCACCAUGCCCACUAAACCAGGUCCUGAAGUAUUCGUAUUGUUGUCAAACCACUGGGAUGGAGUUAUAGCAGCUAUGGAAAGACAAAUUUUUUUCCUGUUAGUAUUAUAAUGAGUGCUUGCAAGCCACCAAAAAAAUCCCCAAACCCACAAAAAAUGGAAUUUUUGCAUUUAUAGCCAUACAACAAAACUGGGUAUUUUGGUAAGAGGCUUUGAGUAUUUGAAAUAUGCUGCAAAAAUUAAAUUCACCAAGUCAGCAAGAGGGUGACAUGGGCAGCAGUAGUCAGAGAACAAAUAAGAUUAUUGAAGAAAAAAGGUAUUAACGAUAUACAGGAAAAGAAGGAAAAAUAUGUAAUCAUAAUUUGUAUUGUUUUAUUGUUUCACGAUGCACAAGUGGAAGGAACUGCAUUGAUUUUUUUUUCUGUUUGUAGGCUUGAACUUCCUAACUCAUAGUGUGUCCAGGACAAAAACUUGU